UUCUUAUUCCUACUAUUUUUUGUAACCCAGAAAUAAUCCUAUUGAAUGAACGAAAAGCCAGCAAAACUUAACCUUUACAUAAGAAUAAACCCUUCAUCAAGGCCCAACAAUUGAAGAAAAAGCAUGACACACCAAUCUAGAAUGAUGUCUAGCACCAAUUUUUAAUAUAAAUAUUAACACCUGUGUUCCAUCUUCACACCAAAUCUAAACCCUUGAAGUCAUAAUUACAAACAGUUUGGCUUUAAAACUGAAAAAAGACACAGCCGUCAAACAAAUUUAAUUGAGCUUUUCUUUGUCAAUUAUGUAAAGAGAUCAUAUUCAUGAAAACCAUUUACUUUCCCUUCCCAUUUAAAUCACCAUAUACAUGUCCCAAACCCCAUUCCCAGCCAAAAGAAAACAAUUUUCAACCGUUUCCCAUUACCUCCUAGUUAACAGAACAACAAACCAACUUAAACAAGCCCACUCUUUCUUACUGAAAACCCUAAGUAAACCCCAGUAUCACCAUUUUUUAUUUCGGUUACUCACCCGGAUUCUUCAUGUACCAGAUGACAACAUCUGCUACGCCCGCCAUGUGUUCGACCAAAUACCCAAUUGCAAAAACCAGUUCCUUUGGACUUCCCUCAUACGCUCCCAUGUUUUCCAUGGUCAUUUUAUCCAGUCUAUCCUAUUAUACUCUAAAAUGCAGUGGAAAGGCAUAUCACCUUCUGGGUUCACCUUCUCCUCUGUUCUUAAUGCUUGUGCUCGUGUACCGGCAAUAGUCGAAGGCAAGCAAGUUCACGCAAGAGUCGAAAAAUCAGGUUUCUUGGGGAAUAAUGUAGUGCAAACAGCUUUAUUUGAUAUGUACGCGAAAUGUGGAUUCGUGUUGGACGCGGAAAGAGUGUUCAAUGCAAUGGAAGAGAAAGAUGUUGUUGCUUGGACAGCAAUGAUUUGUGGUUACACUAAGGUGGGAUUGAUGGAUAAAGCACGGUGCUUGUUUGAUACCAUGGAGGGACGCAAUAUGGUUUCUUGGACAGCUAUGGUUGCUGGCUAUGCAAAUUAUGGUGACAUGGAAGCAGCUAAGGAGUUUUAUGACAGGAUGGUGGAGAGGAAUUCGGUUACUUGGCUUGCUAUGAUCGCGGGCUACGGGAAGUGCGGUGACGUGAGUGAGGCUAGAAGAGUGUUUGAUGAGAUAGAAAAGCCGGAUGCUUCGUGUUGGGCAGCAAUGGUGGCUUGCUAUGCCCAGAAUGGAUAUGCAAAGGAAGCAAUUGAGGUUUAUAAGGCAAUGAGAGAUCAAGGUGUCAGAAUUACUGAGGUUGCAAUGGUCGGUGCUCUUUCUGCUUGUACCCAAAGUGGAGAUGUUAAUAUGGCUGAAGCAUUGACUAAGAAUUUGGAAGAAGGAUGCUGUGAUAGGACGCUCUUUGUAUCAAAUGCGUUAAUACACAUGCAUGCAAGAUGUGGAUGUAUGAAGCAGGCAUGGAGGGAAUUCUGUAGAAUGAAGGAGAGGGAUGUAAUAUGUUAUAGCACAAUGAUCACGGCCCUUGCUGAACAUGGAGAGUCCCAGGAAGCUUUGAUUUUAUUCUCAAAGAUGCAGGAGGAAGGAAUCAAACCAAACCAGGUUACAUUCAUAGGUGCCCUUAACGCCUGUAGUCAUGGUGGAUUGGUUGAAGAAGGCUGCAAGCUUUUUGAGCUAAUGACACAAAUUAUUGGCAUUGUGCCCUCAACUGAGCACCUUACUUGCAUGGUUGACCUCCUUGGAAGGGCCGGCCACCUUGAUAAAGCAUAUAAUCUUAUCAUCGAAUAUGGACAUGCCUCGGAUGCUGGAAUUUGGGGUGCUUUGCUUGGAGCUUGUAAGGUUUACGGUAAUGAUGCAUUGGGUAAGAUUGCAGCCAGUCAUCUCUUUAAAAUUGAACCUGAAAAUGUUGGAAAUUAUGUGCUAUUGGCAAAUAUUUAUGCUUCAUUAAACAAAUGGGAGGAUGCAGAGAGGGUGCGGAAGAUGAUAAGUGAAAAGGAAAGGAGGAAAUCUCCUGGUUGUAGCUGGGUAUCAAGAUGAGAGAAACAAAAAGAACCUAUAAAAUCUUGUGCAUUUUUGGAUUACAAGACUAUGGUUCUGGUUAAGAGUGAGUCACUCAAAAUAUAGUUCACACAUUGGACAACUGUAUAUUAAGCCAUGAAUUCAGAUGCAUAUCAAUCAUAAUUAUUGUAAUAUAAUUAAUUAAUUAUACAA